CGGCUUCAGCAUCAUUCAGUCCUCAUUUUGGGUAAGAAAAAUUAAUCUACACUGUUGCAUUUUCAGAGAACUCUUCUGUUGAAUCACCAAGUUAAUGAGUUACAGGAUGGAGCGUCAGUCAUACCUGGUUCAGAUGAAUGGAAAUGGAGUCCACGGAAAACCCGCCGUCAACGGCAAAGUCCUGAAGGGAAGUGGAGUGAUGCACCAUGGGAACGGCAUCCACCAUGUUAACGUCAACGGCAGCUUGUAUCCAGCCAAAGCCAAAAGCCGACGGCAGCGAUGGGAGGUGAAGCCAUCGGACAUGGCCAACAACACCCUGAACCCCAUCAGAGCCAUCGUGGAUGGGAUGAAACUCACCCCCAACCCGGACAAACCCAUGAUCGCCCUGUCCAUAGGGGAUCCCACCGUCUUUGGAAACCUGCCCACCGAUGAAACUGUACGUCAGGCCUUGAAGGACGCUAUCGACUCUGAGAAGUACAACGGAUAUGCACCUUCUGUCGGUUACCUGAAGAGUCGUCAGGCCGUGGCCAACUUCUACAGCUGCCCAGAGGCUCCUCUGGAGGCCGAGGAUGUGAUUCUGACCAGCGGCUGUAGUCAGGCCAUUGACCUGGCUAUCAGUGUCCUGUGUAACCCAGGGGACAACAUCCUGGUGCCCUGUCCUGGAUUCUCUUUAUAUAAAACCCUGGCUGUUUCCCUGGGUAUCGAGGUCAAACUCUACAACCUGCUGCCGGAGAAGUCAUGGGAGGCUGAUCUGCAGCAUAUGGAGAGUCUGAUCGAUGAGAGGACAUCCUGUCUGAUUGUCACCAAUCCUUCCAACCCUUGUGGCUCUGUUUUCAGCAAGGAACACCUACAGAAGAUCCUCAACGUGGCAUCCAGACACUGUGUUCCCAUUCUAGCUGAUGAAAUCUACACUGAUCUGGUUUUCCCAGGAUGCACUUCACCGUCCAUGGCCUCUCUGAGCAGCAGCGUUCCCAUCCUUUCCUGCGGCGGUCUGGCCAAGCGGUGGUUGGUUCCGGGUUGGAGGAUGGGAUGGAUCCUCAUCCACGACAGAAACAACAUAUUCGGAUCUGAGAUUCGACAGGGUCUGGUCAAACUCAGUCAGCGCAUCCUGGGAGCCUGCAGCGUCGUACAGGGGGCGCUAGAGGGCAUCCUCAACGCACCUCAAAGCUUCUACAAUAAUACCAUCAGCUUCCUCAAGUCCAACUCCCAGAUCUGUUUCAAUGAGCUGUCAACGGUUCCUGGUCUGACUCCCAUCAUGCCUUCAGGAGCCAUGUACCUUAUGGUGGGCAUUGACAUGGGCCACUUUCCAGAUUUUAAAAACGAUGUGGACUUCACUGAAGCGUUGGUCACAGAACAGUCGGUGUUCUGCCUCCCUGCCUCGGCGUUUGAGUUUCCCAACUACUUCCGUAUCGUGGUUACGGUGCCAGAGCACCUGAUGGUGGAGGCCUGUGGACGGAUCCGGGAGUUCUGUCAGCGUCAUUACCGACCACGAAGCAGUGACAGUAGCGAUAGCAACGAUCUGGAUCAGUGAUGACAACCAGAACCCGAACCAGGAUCGGAUCCAAGAAUCCUGUUCUGAUAUGACACUUUCUUCUAGAGUUCAUCUGAUCGUUUAUUGGUGGUGUAAUUUUGGAUGUAAACCAUAUGAAAUGAGCAGUUUUAAUAUUUAUAUUUUAUACAUGUUAACCGCUCCUUAUUUGUGUAUUUAUAUAAUUUGUAUAACCUUUUCUUUUUUGAUAUGUAACCGUUUGGAUACUGUAAAUGUCAUCUGUACUCCUGCUCCAUUCUGAUCUAAAAGCAGAGAAUGUGGAAUAAAUACAGAAUAAAUGUGCAUGAAGUAUGAAGAAUCAUCUACAUACAUAGAUUACAUUGCCAUGCAUUAUCUGUAUAGUAUAUAGUAGUGUUAUAUAGUGUUUGGAUGUUAAUUCUAUUUGUUCUAUCUUUGUCAUAUUGAAUUACACUAAAUAUGUAUAUAUAUAUUUUUACAAACAAAUAUAGUAUUUGUUAGUUUGGGGAAUAAUUACCUAAUAAACAUACACUGUUUGACAUUG